AUGUUGUUUAACUUAAGAUUACCAAUUUUAAAUGUCGACAAUUUUAUCGAAUAAAUUGAAGUUAAAAAAAAAGAAUUAGAAUUAUAAAAUUUCCCUAUAGAUUUCUAAUAUAGAACUGAAGCGGCAAUAUUCUUUAAUCUUUUUAACAGUAUUAUUAGCCCAGUUAGUUUUAUUCUUAUAUCUUAUUUCGUUUAUAAAUAAUUUAAAGUUAAUACUAAACCUUCUAAAGGUGGAGGUGGAUUUGGUUCUGGAGAUGGAAGAGAUAUAUUUAGCAUGGGUAAAUCAAAUGUAAAAAUAUUUGGAGUUGGAACGAAAGUAAAAACUAAAUUUAAAGAUGUAGCUGGAUAAGAUGAAGCUAAGUAAGAAAUUUAAGAAUUCGUUGAUUUUCUAAAAAAGCCAAAAAAAUAUAAAGAUUUAGGUGCUAAAAUUCCUAAAGGAGCACUACUAACAGGUCCACCAGGAACAGGAAAGACUUUAUUAGCAAAAGCUUGUGCAGGAGAAGCAGGAGUACCAUUUUUUUUUAUUUCAGGUUCUGAUUUUGUAGAAAUGUUCGUUGGAGUAGGAGCUUCUAGAGUUCGUGAUUUAUUUAAAUAAGCAAAAGAAAAAUCACCGUCUAUAAUUUUUAUUGACGAAAUAGAUGCUGUAGGUAGAAAAAGAGAAAAUAAAAUGGGUUCUAAUGAUGAACGUGACAAUACCUUAAAUUAACUUCUUGUAGAAAUGGAUGGAUUCGAUUCUAAUUCUAAUGUAAUAGUUUUAGCUGCUACUAAUCGUAAGGAACUUCUUGAUCCAGCCUUGACUCGUCCUGGUCGCUUUGACCGUUCUGUUGAUAUUACAAAUCCUGAUAUAGAUGGUCGUAAAUAGAUAUUUAUGGUACAUUUAAAGCCUUUAAAGCUUCAUCCUUAGAAAACGAUGGAAGAUUAUGCUAAAAGACUAGCUACAUUAACUCCUGGAUUUUCUGGUGCUGAUAUAAUGAAUUUAUGUAAUGAAGCAGCUAUAAUGGCCGCCAGAAAAAAUAAGAAAUUCGUAGAUUAAUUAGAUUUUGAGUUAGCUUCUGAAAGAGUAAUUGGAGGUUUGGAAAAAAAGAGGAUAAUUUCCGAAGAAGAAAGGAGAAUUGUCGCAGUUCAUGAAAGCGGACAUGCUGUUGUUUCCUGGUUUUUAAAAGGGGGUGAUCCUUUAUUAAAAAUAACUAUAAUUCCAAGAACUAAAGGCUCUCUAGGUUUCGCCUAAUAUCUCCCUAACGAAAAUUCCCUAUAAAAAAAAUCAGAAUUAAUGGAUAAAUUAUGCUGUAUGUUAGGAGGAAGAUGCGCUGAGUAGAUCUUCUUUGACAGUAUAACUACAGGAGCUUAUGAUGAUUUAUAAAAAGCCUAUGAGUUAUGUUUUUCGGUAGUCUCGAAGUAUGGAAUGAAUGAAAAAAUAGGAAAUAUUGGGUAUACAGAGAGUGAAUAUAGUAAAACUUAUUCAGAUUUUACUAAUAAGGCUAUUGAUGAUGAAAUAAAAGAAAUUAUUAAAUAGUCUACUGAGAGAACUAAAUAAGUUAUUUUAGAUAAUAAAGAAUUAGUUGAUAAAUUAUCUUAAGAAUUAUUAGAUAAAGAAACUCUUGAUCUUAAAUAAAUUACUAAUAUUUUAGGUAAGAAGCCUUUUGAACCUAAAAGUAAUUAUAAAGCUUAUCUUGAAUUAUAAUAGUAAGAUGAAGAAGAAGAAUAAUAAUAGUAAGAGGAUGAAUAAAAUAAAUAAUAAGUAUAAAAAGAAAGUAAUAAAGAAGAAUAUGAUAAUGAAUAAAAUAAAUAAAGUUAAUAAUAAAAAGAAAUUCAUAAAUAAUGA